AUGGGAGAAUCAAGACAAGAGCUCGUGGCCUGGCUGAACAACCUGCUCCAGCUCAACAUUACCAAAGUCGAACAAUGCGGCACCGGGGCAGCACUAUGCCAGGUCUUCGACAGCAUAUUCUACGAUGUCCCCAUGUCGCGAGUAAAGUUCAACGCCAACACCGAGUAUGCGUACUUGCAGAACUUUAAAGUAUUACAGAGUACGCAGACCUCAUACGUCCGUCAACUACAUCUAACACUAUCAGACACAUUCGCCAAGCACCAGAUCGACAAGCCUAUCCGCGUCGAGUCACUGGUCAAGUGCAAGAUGCAGGACAACCUUGAAUUCCUCCAGUUUGUGAAGCAGUACUGGGAUCAGCACUUUCCCGGCCAUGACUACGACCCCGUCGCUCGCCGCAAGGGUCAAGGAGGUGCAGCCACAGGAGCCGCACCUGCACCUCGCGCAUCCACGACUGCCGCUCGAAGAGCCCCGGCUGCGAGCAACACGGCCGCGCCCAGAACCCGUACCCCGCUCGCCACUGGAGGAGGUGCUGCCAGCGCCGCUCUCCGCGAAGAGAACACACAACUAAAGGAGACGGUCACCGGUCUCGAGCGCGAGAGGGACUUUUACUUUAGCAAGCUCCGUGACAUUGAGCUGCUGAUUCAGCAAGCCAUGGAGGCCGAUCCCGAGCUCGAAAAGGACGAGGGUCUGCUCAAGCAAAUCCAAAACAUUCUCUACUCCACCGAAGAAGGCUUUGAGAUCCCACCGGAGACUGAGGGCGCUGAGGAGGAGACGUUCUAGCCGGGCGGUGGCGCUCUUCCCGAUACUCCGGAGAAGCUUGAGAGUGAACUUUACAAGGUCAUUGCGGAUGCCAAUGCGUUGCUGGAGGAGUCCAUCAAGACCGGAACUAUCAAAACUGCUGCAUCUACAACGUCAAUGAGUGUGGAAGUUGCUUAGUCCUGCCAUCUCUUGCUUGGAGUCCGUCAAUCCGUGGAGCUAUUGCACCUGUCGACAUCCCCGUGUUUGCUCAAGCACCCAUAUCUGCGUCCCCUUCUGUUUUCUGCCGAGUCUGAGUCUGCGGAGGGUUGUACCAUUGAGGUAGAUAUUCAUGUUUGCAUUUGGAAGCGAGCGGGGAUACCACUUUCUGGAGAGUUUACUUCUUUGUUCCAUGAGUUUACGACUUCGCAUGAGCAGUGGCAGUAUCGCAUAGGAGCGGGUAGAGGAUAGCACAAGCGGAUUGUUCCUUGUUCCCAAGGCACCUAGUCUAGCGCAGUAAUACGCAGUAUCUCGUUUCUUUCUCCAGUCACUCUUUUCGUCAAAUCUUUUAAUAAUUAUGAAUCUUUUAGACCCUGUCUUCCGACCUCCACACUAUUUGUUCGGUUUCUUGCUCACCGUCCAUGCAUGUCGUUCAUAUAUCAGCAGGCUUAGAUCAUACUUGCGGGUAGGGCUGUCGCAUGAUUGCACUGAAGCGGACCGAAGGGCCAGAGAAAAGACUACGCGGGUCUUCGUCCAGCCCUUACCGGUGGAUGCGAGAUGUGAGGCUGCACAUGGUUUACAUGAAAUAACUGACAUCCUAAUAUACAAAAAC